AUGAGCAACCAAAUUAAUAUUAAACAAUCCACUUCAAUAAGUGAUAAAAGUUUAAAUUUAAAAGUUAAACGUAAAUAUACUGAUGAUUAUUUAUGUUUUGGAUUUACGUGGAAUGGCAAUACUGACUGUCUUUUACCUGUUUGUAUUGUUUGUGGUGAAAAGUUAAGCAAUGAAGCAAUGAGUGACUAUCCCGAUAAAGCUCUUGAAGCAUCAUUUAAAGUCGCAGAACUGAUUGCUAAAAAUAUGAACUCUCAUGUUAUUGGCGAAAAAUUAAUAGGACCGGCCUGUUUAGCUAUGGUUGAAACAAUAUUAGAUAAUGAAUCUAAAGAUGUUAUAUCCAAAGUUCCACUUUCCAACAAUACUAUUAGCCACCGAAUAAAUAAAACGGCUGAUGAUAUUAAUGACAUUGUUUUAGAAAAAAUUAAAAAUCAAAAAUUAUUUUCAUUACAAAUAGACGAGAGGAGUACUGACUGA